ACGACUAUCCAAAAACUGAUCAGCAGAAGUUGAAGCUCAAGAGAUCGCUCGCAGUUCAUACGAGAAAUGGAGCUGCGCAUGUGCAAGAGUAUGGUGGUGUUUGAGACCGAAGUGUUAGCCGGUAAUCACCCAUUUAAAAUGAAAUUCAAUGACGACGGCUCGCGGUUGGUGCGGGUCCAAGACGGCUUGGUUGAGGUUGUUGACCCGCGGACGCACCGUGUCGUCCACACCCUACCACGGAUAAUCAGCUUAAGAUUGGAAGGACAAUAUUUCGAGUUCACGGACGUCGAUCAUGAGCUGAUCCUCGAUUGCUGCUUCAAGGAUAUAAAGGCCCCAGAGUUACAGCUCUGGGAUAUGCGGUUUUCGUCAUCACAUGUCGGCAGGAUCCGUUUCUGUGAUGCAGCGAUGGCUCAAUAUGAGUACUCCAAGAAGGAGAGGGCCCUCCUGACUAAUAUAUUUGAUUUUGAAUACGGAUUGAAGUAUUGAGAAAUAUUUUUUGUAUACAUCUGUUCAAUAUUUUGCAGCUUCUCUUCGCCAGUUAAAUGAUUUGUGUGGCUUAUGAGGAUGAAAAGCAUGGAUAUAUUUUGCGGUAGACACUUUUGCAUUUUUUUCGCUAAUAAUAUUGAAUUGUUUACUAUCACUCUGAUGGUUAAAUAGGUCACGAACGUUGAUUUAACGUUGAUGCAUUUAGUUUGAUGGGUAGUCAUAAGAUGUACGUAUAUUGAAUUUAUUUUCACAUAGAUAUA